GCCCCAAGCUCCACCUGGGGUGUAGCCACCAUUAUAUUUAUUUGGUUCGGUAGAACCAAGUAGCUUUGGGCUCAAAUCUUGGAAGAGAGUUGCAAAGCCGCCAUAAAUCCAAUAGAUACUGUUGAUCACCAGGCCAUGGAAAUUCAUUACCAAGAAGGAAUGAUUAUGGACAUCCUCAUCAGGUUACCCGUGAGGUCUCUUCUUCGAUUCAAAUGUGUUUCAAAAUUAUGGAAGACAUUAAUCUCCGAAUCAUACUUUAAGAUGAAGCAUCUCAGUCAUGCCAAUAACGACUUGAACUCCCAAAAACUUCUUGUUCGCGAACAAUUUUCUUCUGGUAUAUAUAACUUCUUUUCUUAUUCUUUAUCGACUAAUCAACUCGUUCGGGAUGCACAAAAUCGCCCUUCAAACUGCUCACCGUUUGCUGAUGCCUACAUUUAUUCUUCUUGCGAUGGGUUGGUUCUUCUUGGACUUGUUCAUUCAUUUCGUAACCAACUUUUGUUGUGGAACCACUCCACAAGAGAAUCGAUGGAACUAAUACUUCCCCAUUCAGGAUUUAGACUAGAGGAUACUACUUUUGGAUUUGGAUAUGACGCAAAUAGUAAUGACUAUAAGAUCGUUAAGGUGAACAAGGGUGGGGUCUUACUACCAUCCAUUGAGAUUCUCACGCUAAAAAGUCGUUCGUGGAGAAGUAUUUGUAACUUUCCUACUAUUGUAUGCCCUAAGACAGGAUCUCAAAUGGAGAUUCAUCCAUAUCUCUAUAAUGGUUGCGUUAUGAGUCCCGUGGUAUUUGUACAUGGAGCAUUUCAUUGGCUUGGUCGUUCACAUAAUUAUUCUGUGGUUUCAUUUAGUACUUCAAACGAGGUGUAUAGAGAUAUACCAUUGCUAGAGCGAAUGUAUAGAUUUGACCACAAACAGAGCACCAAUUAUGGCAUUUCAGUAUUUGGAGGAAUGCUUUGCUUUUAUUCUACACAUAAUUAUCAUCGAGAUCAGCCCGUUACUUUUCAGUUGUGGGGGAUGAAAGACUAUGGUGUUGUGGAAUCUUGGACUGAAUUGUUUACGUUACGUGCUUCUGAUAUUUGUUAUGCUGAACCGAGAUAUAGGUAUGCAGAUGGUGAAGUGCUACUACAGUGUAACCUUGACGAGCGUAGGGGAGGAGACGGUGGUGAUGUAUUUAGGACAUCCAAAGGACAAAUUGGAUUAUCAUAUCCUCAACCUUCAUACCUGGAAGGAAUUGUUUAUACAGAAAGUUUGAUCUCUCCGAAAUCACUUAUUUAACAUUUGCUUAUAUAUGAUCGAUUCACAUUUUUUUCGUUUUCUGAAAUCAUGUAAGGACCUAUUUUUAGUUCAAAAAUAUCUUUAAUUUAUCAAA